AUGCCGAACAAUCUUUAUUUAUCGUCAUUGGUCGAUGGAAACUAUAACAGAACAUGGCUCGAACUUUUUUUGCAGAGGAAGGGCCAACUUUUGCGUAAAAUAACAUAUACAGCACUACUCGGGUUGUCACUCUAUGUCAUUUCGCCAACUGUAGUUAAUUAUUUACUGUCUGUGUUAGGUUUGGAAAAGGGAUCGAAAGGUCCAAAGAGACUGGAUAAAUUUACAACUGGUUUGGUAAAUCCAGGGAAUGAUUGCUUUAUCAAUUCAUCCAUUCAAGCUCUAGUACCAUUAGACAAACUAACAACAUAUUUGAGCGCCACUUUAGAAGAUGAAAAGACAGCGUCAACUCUACCAUUACAUAAUGGAUUAGCCACAAUGUUGCUUGAAUUACAACAAUUACGGUCAGAUCCUAAAAGUGUCUCGUCGAAACGGUUUAUUCAGCAACUGGAAACCAUAUUUGGUGGGAAAAUUUCCCGUCAGCAAAACGAUGCUCAUGAGUUUACACAAUUAAUUCUAGAGAGAUUGAAUGAGGAAAAUUUGACACUUGACCAUGCUGACUUAACGGUUCCAUUUAAGGGGAUUGUUGGUAAUCAUUUAGUUUGUUUACAAUGUGGUCGCACUUCCCAUGUUAAUGAGCAGCCUUUCUACAUAUAUGAAUUGACAUUACCUCAACAAGGAUCAGUCAAACUUUCCGAUUUGGUGAAUGGGGAACAAAUGGAAACAAUUGAGAAUUAUUCCUGUAUGUAUUGUAAAACAGUAGCCAUGUUAACGAAUGAAAGAGAGGAAAAGUCUAAUGUUUCACGCACCGAUGCAGAACUUAAUAUCUUGAAGUUCUUGAAGGGAAAAUUGUCAACCUUAUUAAUAAAUGAAGAAUUGCCUGAACACAUAACUCAUUAUAUUAAUUCCUACAACAAGGGUUACUGCAAUACAAGUGAAAUUAAGUCGGUUAUUGUUAGGAAGUCCACAUUUGCUGAAUUUCCUGAAAUUUUUUUAAUUCAUUUAUCAAGAUCAGUCUUCAAUGGGAUGAACUAUUCAAGGAAUCCAUGUCAAGUUGAGUUUGAAGAAGAAAUUUUGUUACCAAGACAAAUAUUGAAGGACCACCAAUGUGUAGGGUUUGAAACGGUCAAAUAUAAACUUAAAUCAAUUGUAAAGCACACAGGCUCACAUUAUCAAGGCCACUAUCAGUGUUAUAGACACAAACCAACACUUUUAUUGGAGAAGGUGACAGGAAAUAUCAUCAACGGCUCUCCAAUAAUAACACUUAACACUCUUCAAAGUACUGUAUCAACAACCAGCUGCUCUCUGGAGAACGAAGAACGAUUUCAAAAUUUGAAGGAAGAUAAGAAGAAAUUGAAAUUACUCAAAAGUGUCAAGAUGAAUCCUUACUGGUGGAUUUCAGAUUCAUCUGUAAAGGAAUGUAAGGUCUCAAGGGUGCUUGAUGAAAAGAAAUAUGUUUACAUGCUUUAUUAUGAACGUAUACAUUGA